AUGGACGCUGUCACAAUAGCCGUGCAUUGGCAUGAUGAAAAUAAGCCCAUAUACUCAUUGGACUUGCAACCAAAUGCAGCUCAGCACCAAAUUUUGAGAUUAGCUACAGGAGGAGGUGAUAACAAUGUCCGAAUUUGGAAAUUCGCUGACAAUUCAGUCGAGUACUUAUCUACAUUAAGAAAACAUACGCAAGCGGUCAACGUCGUCAGAUUCAAUUCGAAAGGUGAUGUUCUUGCGACUGCGGGGGAUGAUGGGUUUGUCUUCUUGUGGACGAAAAGUGACACCAUUGUCAAGGAAUUGGGUGACGAAGAAGACGACGACAUGAAAGAGAGCUGGCAAUGUGUUGGAAAUAUCACAAUUGGCAACGAAUUGGUUGAUCUUUGCUGGUGUGGUGAUUAUUUGGCAAUAGGAUCCAUGGAUAACAUGUUGAGGGUGUAUCACGUAGUUGAAAAUGGAAAGAAGUUGGUGGGGAAACCGGUCCACACCUCAGAAAAUAACGACCACUUCAUUCAAGGUGUGGCAUUUUCAAAUCGUUAUUUGUUCACCCAGUCUGCAGAUCGUAGUAUUGUUUCAUAUAAAUUUGACGAGAAUGGGUCGUUAUCACUACUCCACAAAUUUCAAAAGCUAGGGGGUACUCAAAUGUACCAAUCAGAAAACCUUCAGUCAUUCUUUAGAAGGUUGAGCUGCUCACCCGAUGGGUCGUUAUUGAUUACACCGGCGGGGUUGGAUGAAAAUGGAUUAAACUGCGUCUACGUCUAUUCAAUAACCAAUUUGCAAAAUGGGCCCGUGAUCAGAGUUGGUGGAUUUGUGAAACCAGCAAUUAUUGUAUCAUUCAAUCCUAGGCUAUAUAAACGUCUGGAUGAAACACUGAUUUUACCUUAUAAGGUGGUGUUUGCUAUUGGAACAUUGGAUAGUAUAGUCAUUUACUCGACGGACAAUGAUUUCCGACCCUUGGGGCAGAUUUCCAACAUACAUUACCAACCCAUCACUGAUCUUACAUGGGACGAGGAUGGCACGAAGUUGCUCGUUAGUUCAAUGGAUGGAUUCUGCUCCGUCGUCAACUUUGCGUCAGAUACCUUUGGCCCUCUGUAUGGGGGCCCCAAACCCAUUCUACUGUCGGAGAAAGUGCAUGUUCAAGAUUCUGCAACUGCCACUGCAACUGCCACUGCAACUACCACUGCAACUCCAUCCCAACACACGCCACAGAAAAAGCAAGGUCCUACUAUUGAUACAUUUUUCAAAGACAAGAAGGGAAAGAAACGUAUCACGCCUACGUUGAUUCUGUAA